AUGUUAUGGUAUAUAUAUAACCUUGAAAGAUUCAAAUUUCCCAGUACCAAAUUCAACUAAACCAAAAUCCAAUUUGAUAAAGAAGAAUGAGUUUUCUAGCAGGAAGAUUAGCAGGAAAAGAAGGAGCUUUUUUCUUUGAAGAAUCCAAACAUGCCGUUACCCGUUUAGCCCAAAAGAUCAACAAAAACCCAACUUCUUCUCCGUCCAAUUCCAGUUCUGUAAAUCAAGAAUCAUCUUCUCCUGAUGUUCUUCCUGAGAUUCUUCGACAUUCUUUACCUUCCAAGAUUUUCCAUUCUCCUUCCUCUGCAGAUUCCUCACUCUCUAAUACUUCCAAAUGGGUUCUCCCUACUGACCCCAAUAGGACGAAUUCUGUAUCUCCAGAUGCUCUUAAUCCUCUCAGAGCUUAUGUUUCUCUUCCACAAGUCACCUUUGGACCUAAAAGGUAA